CGGCCGUUCAGUAAAGGUCUGCCGCCAGUAAUAAUAAUAAAAAUCAACGAGUAUUUUCUAUUUGCACAAGAAUUGUGUUUUUAGGAAUCUGGGAAUCUGAAAGCGUAGAUAUUGUUCUUAAUUUGAAGAAUAAACAAAAUUUACAAGAUGAUGUGCAGUAUUUUGCAAAAGGCAGGACAGAAUCUUUUUCCCCGUGUGAUGACCCAACGAUUGGUGUCCACCAGCGGAGUCCACAAUGAGAUUUUCAAAGUUCAAAGCGCAGAAGAUUUCGAAACAAAGGUCAAGAAAAGCGAUAAAGUAGUGAUUGUGGAUUUCUUUGCAACAUGGUGUAAUCCCUGCAAAAUGUUAACACCACGUCUGGAGUCAAUUGUGGGUGAAAAAGCAGGUGCUGUGAAGUUGGCAAAAGUUGACAUCGAUGAACACAGCGAAUUGGCUUUAGACUAUGAGGUUGCAGCUGUGCCUGUUUUGAUGGCAAUGAAGGGAGGAAAAGUUGUGAAUCGCAUGGUUGGCUUACAGGAUACGGAUAAACUACGUGCCUGGAUUGAUAAAACUGUGGAAGAUAAUAAAUAAAUGUAAUGUGUUGCUGUUGUGCUAUCAGACCUCAAACCAAAUGUGUAAAGAAAGAACAUAGCUCAGCUUAAACAAUUACAUAAAAUGUAGAAAUUUCGUUAGUCAUUUUUGUUAUUCCUUGAUUAGCCUCUCGAACAUAUAUCGUUAAAUUAAUUAAAUUUGCAUUGUUUAAACUCGA